AUGUCUUCCAACUUCGCUCCCAACGGCCUCGCCAUGCCCACCGGCGGCCUAGCUGCCCGACGUGGUAGUCAAAACCCCAAGCCUCUCGCGGUUGAUGUCAUCAGCCAACCUAAGGAUAAGGAUUCUGGUGUUCCCACCCCGCGCACCAGCCGCUCUCAUCUUCUUGCUGGCCUUAGAACGGCCCCCAAGUCCGCUACUGCUGCCUCGUUCGGCCCUCAGUCUCCCACGACCGGUCCUCAGCAGCAGUACGCCCGGAACUCCAUGGCUGGAAAUGCCUAUGGCAUGGGCCAGGACAAGGCUUACAAUGCCCCUAAGACGGCUUACCCCCAGUACGGUACCCAAAACAACUACAACUCGGCGGUAAACCAGCAGUACACUGUUGAUCAGAUCUUGGCUCCUCCUGAGCUUUCCAUGGAAGAGCAGGACCCCGGCUUGUACAACCAGCUCGUGGCUACCAACCUGUAUCUGGCCCAGCAGCAGCAACACCUUCAACAGCAACUCAUGACCGUCCAGGCUGCUGCUCAGCGUUUCCAGCAACUCAACCUCAACAACCCUCAGCUUGCGCAACAGCAGCACGCUCUGUUCGAGCAGCAGCAGCAACUACAAAACAUGCAGCAGCAGAUUCAGCUCCAGGCCCUUCUCCAGCAGCAGCAACAACAACAGGCUCAGCAGCAGCAACAGGCCCAGCGACAAUCGCAGCUCUGCUACAACCCCAUGACCCAGGAGUACUUCUACAGCCAGCCCCAGCAGGUUCAGGCCUCAUCGCUCUACAACGAGCAGCCCUCUACCCCCGGAUUUGGUGGAUUCCAGCAGCAACAUAACCAGGGCACACCCUCGGUGCAGGUUUCGCCUCCUGCCGAGUCACAGCCCUUCUCGUUCCGCAGCAACACACCUCCCAAGCGCUAUGAGUCUCCCACCGAGGUCGCCCCACUGCCUCCACCUUCGGCCAACGCUUUCCGCCGUGGACACAAGAAGGCCAACUCUCUCGCCCCCGUUAACAGCGUUAUUGCUGCUGCUCUUUCAUCGGAUGCUCCCAAGUCUGCUGGCCCCAAGACCUCUACUUUCCCUGGUACCCCCUUGACUGGUGGAUAUGGACCUGGCCAAGCCCGUGCUGGAGAGCACCCCAUUCGCCAACCUCGUGGCCCUCCUUCUCUGGAUGAGCUCAAGGCAAAGCCUACUGCCAAGUAUGAGGGAAGCAAGAACUUCUCUGCUCGCACUCGUCGCUCUGCUGUUUCCAACCUUGUCCGUGCUGGUCUUGAGCGCCGCAAGGGCACUGGUAGCUCCUGCGGCAGCAUGAGCCCCGUUUCCGAGACUGCCGAGGAAUCAUCGACUCCUAUUACCGAUAACGAGUCUGACUCCGGUCGCAGCGGAUCCGGAAGCCUCGCAGGCGAUAUGGAAUGCCCCAGCUCGCGCACAUCUGCCAGUGGAAGCUGGGGUGCUAUCGGUUCCGACCGUCCCAGCUCCCGCCAGAAGACACGCAAGAGCGUUGACAGCAUCGAGAGUGUCGAGAGCGAGAGCAACUCUUUUGCCGAUGUGUUCAAGAACGGCGCUCUGCGAGCUGCCAAGGCACAGGAUUCGGCUGACAGCCAGCGUAAGGCACACCGACGAGUGUUCACCAAGAGCUCCACCUCCUCUUAA